GCGGGCGGCGGGCGCGGCCCAGGCUUGGGGGCUGCGGCUGAGUCUAGCUUUUCGGGUGCUGGGUGCUCAUCCUCCCAGCGCACCGACAGCCGCAAACCGCCGGGGGGCGGGGGAUGCCGGGCUGCCGCAUCAGCGCUUGCGGCCCGGGGGCCCAAGAAGGGACGGCUGAGCAAGGGUCGCCGCCGCCGCCCCGGGAGCCCAUGCCAUCCCCUCAGCCCCCGCCCCCAACUCCGACCUUGACCCUGACCCCGACCCCGGCUCAGUCCCAGCUGCUGCCAGACAGAGCCGGGACUUCGGCAGGCGCGGCCGAGGGCCAGGAGCUGCAGCGCUGGCGCCAGGGCGCUAGCGGGGGCACGGGGAUCGCCGGGCCCGGAGGGGACUCUGGCGCGGCAGCGGGGGCAGGAGGCCGCGCUCUGGAGCUGGCGGAGGCGCGGCGGCGGCUGCUGGAAGUGGAGGGCCGCCGGCGCUUGGUGUCCGAGCUGGAGAGCCGCGUGCUGCAGCUGCACCGCGUUUUCUUGGCGGCGGAGCUGCGCCUAGCGCACCGUGCGGAGAGCUUGAGCCGCCUAAGUGGCGGCGUGGCGCAGGCCGAGCUCUACCUGGCGGCGCACGGGUCGCGCCUGAAGAAGGGCCAGCGCCGCGGCCGCCGCGGCCGUCCCCCUGCGCUGCUGGCCUCUGCGCUCGGCCUGGGCGGCUGCGUGCCCUGGGGCGCCGGGCGACUGCGUCGGGGCCACGGCCCCGAGCCCGACUCGCCCUUCCGCCGCAGCCCGCCCCGCGGCCCCGCCUCCCCGCAGCGCUGACCUCCACGCCCGGACUCCUGGCCACCCCGACAGGCCUCACCAAGGUGCCGACCGACCGACUGAUCGCGGACGCUGACUGGAUGGAAGACGGAUCUGCAGGAAGAGACAGUGGGGGGCCAGGGGCACGGUAGAGGAGGCUGAGGUGCGCUCUUGGCUGCUCCUUCCAACUCCUCAGAGCCUCCACUCUAUGGAUCUGGACUCCUGGAUUCGGCUUCCUCCCUGGGCACUUCAGGAAGACUCUGAGAAUUGACCUUACACAACCCCGCGCCCUCCUUACAGGAGCCUCUCACUUCACAUUGGCAAGGGGCUGGGUUCUGGGGAACUGGCCAACACUCGGAAUUUCUUCAUGUACCCCACAUUUGACUUUGGCUUACACUGCACAAUUGGAGAGGUUGCUACAGGUCCCUGAGAUGCAGUCAGAUUAAGUGUAGCAAGCAUUGCCAAUGGGAAACUGAAAAUAGUUUCUUUUAUUUUCUUCCCUUUCCCCCACCCCAUCCCGGGCCAGGAAUUUCUUUUAGACAUAGUCAUCAUUCAUAAACAAGUCACAGCCCAGCAGGGGUCCCCAUUUUAGUAGAUGUCAUUGCUUCAAAGUCUAAGGGUGAGGGAGGCCUGUUUGAGGGAAAACAUUAGUUUGAAAAAUCCCUGUUUCCUUCAUCCACUGCCCUUGUUUGCUCCACGUGGGAGUGUACCUGCGGCCCCUCAGAAAGAGAGUCUGCUGGCUCCUACGGGGUAGGGUGAGGGACACACCUUUUUCUCAGGAAGAGGUGGUGGCAAUGUAAAACAUCUAGGCAAUGUUUUAAAUGAAAAAAAGGAAGCACAUUUACGCAAACAUCCGGGUAAUAGAGGGAAGAGGGGCACAUUUACACAGCCCAGAACUUGUAGAAUUCUGCCAAGUGAAUGUAUAUUGAAUUAGUCUUCUGCCUUAUACAUUCAGGAAGAAUAAAUUUCCAUAAUGAGAGGCAAA